AUGCUUUUUAUUCUGGGCAAUGCCGCAAUUUUUAUAAGUUGUUUCAUCCCCACUACACUUCAUGCCGGUUCAGUUCCUGAAAUUUACAAACGCUUUAACCUAACCAUCAGCUCCGAAAACUACAAUCCCUCCUUCCGCCCCGAUUUUGGCAACCCUGAAAAACCCGCCGUCAUCACCCUCGACAUAUUGCUGCGAGAUGUCGUGAAUCUCGACAUCGACAAACAAGAGAUUGGACUUCAAAUGACGUUGCAUCAAGAGUGGAAGGACCCAAGGCUGGGAUAUACAGCGCCGGAGGGGGUUCAACUCCCCGUUAAUCUUCGAAUACCGAGUGAUGGAAAGCACUUCUCGAUCUGGGUGCCGGACACAGUUAUAAAGAACGAGCUCCACAGGACCCAUGGGACCGUGUCGUUGAGCGAGCGCCUCUCGGUGACCACUAAAUGCAUUAUGCUUCUGGAGUACUACCCGACGGACCAGCAUCAAUGCCACAUCGAUAUGGGAUCAUACGGGUGGAGCGCGUUGAAUAUUGAUUACAAAUGGGCCCAAAUAAACCCGAUCAAAACCAGGGCCGGCGUGGCGAACCCCAUCCAGGAUUUCCGGCUCGAAUCGUAUGACUCGGUUACCUGCAGCCGGGGGACAGGCUCCGAAAAAUACCCGUGCCUUCGGGCCAUCUUCACCUUUCAACGGGAAAGCUCGGCGACAUGGCGUCUAGUCACCCAUAUCUACCUCCCGAACUUCCUGUUCGUCGCCGUCGCCGGAUUGGCAUUAUUUCUUCGUUGCUCCGAAGUGCGAACCCGGCUAGCAUUGGCCGCGACAACACUCCUGGGAACGGUUCUGGUGGGUUCCCUGGCGAUGUCAUCGAUUCCGAGGGGAGCGCGACUGGUGUAUGAUUGGCUAAGCGCCUCGAAUAUCUUCACUGGAGUGGCCUUGAUUUGGAUGCUGAUUUGUGCGGUGUGGCAGGGAAGAGAUGACCCUCAAAUAGCCCCGGAAGCUGAGCAUCAGUUUCUGGUGGAGGGUGUUGCAGAUGGAGGGCCAGAAAAAGUAGUUCCCCGAUCCAAAAUUCCUGUAACUGGCUAUAUCAAGGCUUGGCUACCAGGCGUCAUCUAUUUUGUCGCCUUCGCCAUCUUCUGCUUCGUCAACUGGAGCCAUACAUACAAUCUUCUU